GAAUAAACAUGCAUUGGAGAGCUCUCUCGGAGGAGAACAUAAUCCAAGCAUAACCCGCCAUGAGCACGUAGCCGAGCCUCACUCAAAUUGGUGCUCAAAAUGACAACCUUUAAUACCAUCAUCAAUUCUUCUUGUCACUUGAAUACCCUUGAUUAUGCCUUUUCGUUGCUUGCUGGAAUCAUCAAGAGUGGUUGGUUGCCCGAUGUCUAUACCUACAACACUCUCAUCAAGGGCCUUCUGUCUCGAGACAGGCCUUUGGAGGCUGAGCAUCUGUUUAGGAAGCUUAUCAGAUUUCGAGAAAUUCAGCCCGAUGUAGUUAUGUAUAACACCAUCAUUGAUGGUCUCUGCAAAACUUCAAAUACUUCCAUGGCUCUCAAGUUAUUAAGAAACAUGGAGGAGAUAGGAUGCAGACCCGAUACUGUAACUUAUACCUCGAUUAUUGAUUCUUUGUGCAAAGAGAGACGAGUCGAUCAUGCAUUGGAUCUUCUGUCUGUAAUGACCCACAAAGGCAUAUCACCAAAUGUUAUAACCUAUAACAGCUUACUUCAAGGUCUUUGCAGCUCAGGCCGAUGGGAGGACAUUGAGCGGUUGUUAAGUGAGAUGGGUGUUAGCAAGAUCCCUCAUGAUUUGCACACCUACAAUAUAUUAGUUGAUGCAUACUGCAAAGAAGGGAGGACAAAAGAUGCUCAAGAUGUUAUUGAAAUUAUGAUCGAGAAAAGUGUAACUCCUGAUGUAAUCACCUACAACACACUAAUGGAUGGAUUUUGUUUAACAGGCAAAAUGGACAGGGCAUUAGAGGUGCUGAAUACCAUGAGGAGUAACGGGAUAGCGCCAGAUUGUUAUAGCUUUAGCAUUCUGAUAAAUGGCUAUUGUAAGAGGCAGGUAGUAGACAAAGCCAUCAGUCUCCUCAGACAAAUGUCUGCUGAAGGUCUGGAGCCUGUAGUUGAAACCUACAAUACACUGAUGCAUGGUCUCUUUCAGAUGGGUAGACAUGCUGAGGUGCACAACCUUUUCCAUGAAAUGCUAAAACAAGGUAAUAAACCAGAUAUCGUAACAUGUCGAAUUCUGUUGGAUGGCCUUUGCAAGAACCGAUACAUGGAUGAAGCAAUUUCCUUUGUAAAGGAAUGACGGAAUUCUGUUGGA